AUGCGCUUACCGCUGAAGUAUAUUCCCCACUGCACGGGCGCAAUACUGCCGUCGCUGAUCCCCGCGUCGGUCGGCAUUGCAAGGUGCUCGGUGCACUGGCAUUGGACUAUCCCGCUGAGCCAGCAGCUCCCCAGCGAGGUCCUUCAUCUGUUGGCUGGCCUCGUUCUUUCGCGUGGUCCUCUGAUCGAUUUUGUGCCUGUAGCCGUUGAUCCGCUGCACAGGCUCGGUCAGCAUAGCGAUGGUUGCCUUAGUGAUGGCGAUCUCUUUGUGGAGCUGUGCCGCGUCUACCUGAGCUUGCUGGGACUGCGCCAUCACGUGCUCGUGUGGCUGCUGCUGGUAUUGAGGCUGCUGCUGCUGGUACUGUGGCUGCUGCUGGGCGCCGUGGACACGGAGCAACGCGCGCGCUUGCGCUCGUUGUUGCCUCUGGCGCCGAUGCCAAGGUGGUUCGCCUUCACGAGGCGUCCUUGCGGGGCGCCUGCCGCGGCCGCGGCGCCGAGCGAUGGCCCGCGGGUCGGAACGGAGACGGAGGCGGGGGCAGGCUCCACCACCGACGCGGCGCCGCCGCUGCCUUCGAAGAAGCGGGCUCGCGUGAAGGGCGGCAUCUACGAGCACGCCCUGGGCAGGCGCAACCCGGCUCACGCCAGCUCCGGAUUAGCCGGCCGCGGGUAUCUUCCCUGGCCGCACCGCCUGAAGCCGCCGCUCGCCGUCCUCGCCCGCGCGGCCGCCCACGGCGAUGUUAUGCACCUCGCGGCAGGCGAAGCCAUCGAAACGGUGCGCAGCAGCUCCGGUAUGCUACGGGCACUUCUGAAGCAGUCCAGGCUCGUCCAGUUCUUCCAGCCGUGCCUCUUCGUCUGGCAGCUCUGGCUCGUCGGCCGCCUCCAAGCCUGCCUCCAAGACUGCCAGCAAGGGCUCGCGGGCCCGCGCAAGUACCACAAGGUGGUGGAGAAGCUCAGGGGGAAGACCGUGGACCCGGCGGCCCUCGAGAGGAUGAAGGCUGGCCCGCGGUGCCCAGUCUGCAAAGAGGGCAUCAUGAAGCCCGACGCCGUGUACUUCAAAGAGCCCCUGCCCAAGGAGACCAUCAAGGAGGCGGUCAAGCUGAGCUCUGCCGCGAAGGUGUUCUUCAUCGUGGGCACGAGCGGACAAGUGGCUCCUGCGUGCAAGUUGCCCAAGCUCGCCAAGAGCAAGGCAGACGCCAAGGUGAUUGAGGUGAACCCUGGCGAAACCGACAUGUCGAAGGAUGCAGACCUCCUCCUACUAGGACCCUCCGCGACCGUCCUGCCGGCGCUGGCAGACGCCGUCAAGCGGAAGAUGGGCUUGCUGGAGAUUGCCGACAGUUCGAAUCAGGCCACAGCGCAUUUGAUUGUCUUCGUAUGUUUGAUCCGUGCUAUGGUGUUUUGGUUGUUGGGGCAUCGCGCACACUUGGCGAGGACUGACUAUUUGCGCUGGCUCUCGGGUCGCGGGAAUGUGUGCGCAGGUUGCAGAUCUUGCAGAAUGGAUGUGUCACUCUGUGUGUGGAGCGCUGUCUCGCUUUUUGUUCCCCGAAGGGUGCUUGCCAAGAAACACCCCGCUUGCCUCCUGGGUGGGUGCCCUGGGUUUCUUGGGUUCCGAUAG